GGGCUAUACAUAUAGGGAGACAGAGAAAGAGAGAGAAGACUUGUUGCUUGUUGAUUGAAUCAUUUAGUUAUAGUUGCUUCAAACAUUAUAUGAUGGAGUCCUCAAACUUAUAUGAGUUGCAACAACAGCUUGCUUCUUUUUCUUCUUUGGCAACAGCUCAAUCCACAACUGAACUACCACCCACACACCAAUGGAAUCCAAGCUUGCCUCUGAACAACGAUGCGUAUGAUCACUACAUGAAUCAAAUCCUUCCUAUGUCAGCAGCUCAAGUCACCACGAAUAAUUAUCUUGGACACGAAAGGUGCCCUAAUCCGAUCGAUCUUUGUCACAGUAGCGCAAGCCCAUUCUCGUCUCAACUCGGUUGGAAUGUUUCCCCAUGUCCAACUUCUGCUAACAUUGAUUAUGUAUUGGAUAGUGUCAUUACCUCUUCUUCAACCUCCUCUUUCACCAAUUACUCCAACAAGGAUAAAGCUAUUUCCCGGACAAAGAGGGUUUCUAGUUCAUCUCAAAAAGGUGAAGCACCAAAGAAGAAGAAGGCAGCCUCGUGUACAUUGCCUAAGGAGAAGAUAGGAGACAGGAUUGCAGCUCUCCACAGACUAGUGGCUCCUUUCGGCAAGACAGAUGCAGCAUCUGUACUAACUGAAGCUCUUGGCUACAUUCAGUUUCUUCAUCAUCAAAUCCAGACAUUGAGCAUGUCUUGUAUAAAGCCAUCCCAGAGCAAUCACCUACAAUGCUUUCAACGGGUUUCGAAGGGGAAAGAGUGUUGGGACGCAAAGCAAGUUGAUCUACAAAGUAGAGGGCUUAGUCUUGUGCCCAUUUCUGUUGCCGCCUACGUUUCUUCAUCUAGUAGUGUUGGACUUGAUUGAUGACAUCCCGAUGGUGAUAACGACGAUGACGAUUGCGACAACCGUGUUGAUGAAUAAUUAUAGAAAUUCAUUAAGUUGCACAAAGAUAAUUAGUUGCUUGCCGCAAAAAUAAUCCUGCUUUAUGGAAUGCAUAUCUCCUACAUGGAUUUUCUUGUUUU